UUUCACAUGGUUUUCUUGAUUAUAAGUCUCUCCAAUAAAAUGCACUCCCCUGUUUCUAAAACCAAUGUAUGGAUAAUGCUUCCUCCACACUGUACACGACAUGGAGAGUACCUUUGGGCAUAAAUGACAAAUAAAGCACCCAAAAUGUAUAUAUUUACACAUUCCCCAAUCUUAGAUCAGCAGAGCCAAUCUUCAUCAGAUGUUUAACUUUCUCAGCCUAGAGAAAUAUAUCUAAGAUGCCAAAUUUGGGCACACCUUUUUCCUGCAAAUUUCCCCCUAAUGAACGAAGGUGUGCCUCAGCAAGCAGAUACUGUAUAAAGUAUGAAGUCAACACUACAGCCACAGAGAGGGGAAAGAGAACUUUGCAGAGAUGGAUAAGCAACCACUUGCACAGAAUGCAGUCAUAUACAAACUCAACAUGACUAAGGGUUACACUCUAGAAGUUCGAGGUGUUAUUGACCAAGGUGCUAAUAGGUUUGCAAUUGACAUGGGAAAGGAUGCCGACAAUUUAGUCAUCCAUUUUAACCCUCGAUUUGACUUCUCCGAUGAUAAAAAUAUUAUAGUCUGCAAUUCAACGCAGAACAACGUGUGGGGGAGUGAGCAGAGGGAGCCAGCGUUCCCCUUUCAGAAGGGCACAGAGACCAUGAUUGCCUUUAAAUUUGAAAAUGAUAUACGGGUUAAGCUGCCGGAUGGCCGUCAGUUCGCGUUCCCUAUUCGAGUGCCUACGGAUGGCAUUCAGUACCUGGCUCUGUACAACUUUCAUCUUCGGUCAAUUUCUAUCAAUUUUUCAUUUCUAUAAUCUCCUUUGCUGGCAAGUGCAGCCACAUCAGCAUCGUUACAUAUAAAUCACAAGGUGCUGCCAGGCUUCAAAUCAAAAGCUGUCUUAUCUGCUUUGCCCUAUAUACCUUGCUCUUUAUCUAAUGUCAUAAUGCUUACAUUAUAAUUACAUUAUUUUUUAUAAUAAUAUGUUUAUCAUGUUUAACUCUUCAAAGACAAGAUUACCCAAGGAAGGCAAACUGGCCUGUAGCAAGUAUAUAGACAAAUCAGCUUCACAGACCUGGGAGCAAUAUAAUUGCUCUGACUGAUCAUUUACCAAAUCAUUAUUGUGUAUGUCCUUUUAACUCCAUUCUUAAAUUCCUUUCAAUAAAUCAUUCAUUACAA